CCGGCAAUCAAAGGUGCCACCUUUUGCCCCAUCAAAUGAACAGAGAACUCCGAUUAAUCAUUGACAGACCCUCUUGCUCAUAGGCGUCGGAAGUUAUCGCCAGUAAGAAAAACUCUGGCCACGACAUCCCUACCGAAGAAAUCGACGUCACCCUCUCCAUUUCUAGUUUUUCCCUCCCUCAGAAACACGCACAGCACACGAUUCUGUCCGAAUCCUCAACUGGGUGUUUGUCGUUUCAUCGUUUCUCUCGUUUGUUGUCCGGCCGCAACCGAUUUGGAUGAGUGCAUACAGUUGUCCACACGAAUGGUACGUUCUGGAUUCUGUCUUUCGUCCACCCCAUUCGGUUUUAGAUUUUGGGCAAUCCUUUGAUUGUUGAUGUCAGUUCCUGAUAACGAGAUAUUUGAUUCUGGUGGUAACGUCGUCGUGGAUGUUGAUAAUGUUGACGAUGGAGAGAACAAGGAUGAUUAUAAGGGUGAUGGUGGUGGAGACGGUGGAGUUGGGGUCUCUGUCACGCGUAAGAAUGAUCGGAAGGAAGAGAGGGGUUAUGGGUGUACGCCACGAUGGAAUCUUGCCAAGGUUAAGAAGGCUUUUGGGUCUUCAUCCAACAAGAAAUCGUCGAGACGACGCAGCAGAAGGAACGACAAAGGUUGUGUUUUUUGCUUUAGCAGGCCCAAAACUCUGGAAUCGCCGGCGGAGUCUCAUUUGAGCGAUCCCAACGAUGCGGCUUUCACGCAUGAGAUGCUGAGGGAUUUGUUGGAAAGGAAUGAUUUUUACUGUAGGGAAUGCAAUCCCCACUUGUACGUCCAUUUCGCUUCCUGUGAGCAUAGAUAGUGAAGGCAAGUUUUUCGAUGGAUUGUUUGUAUUUCUGUACCUCGACCAUUGUUGCGGAGGAGGUUGUGGAAAGUCUUCAAUCAGAGGUAUGCAAGAUUGUUGAGAUUAUCGAGUUCGUGAUCACCAUGUUGGUUCUGAUUCUUCCAAAAGUGAUGGCAAUUGGGUUGUGAAUGAAAUUGUGGUUGGGUAUUAUGGCGAUGAGGUUGGCUCAUCGGUUUAUCAGAUUGGAUGGAUAUUCACAAUUCUCGAUCAUGUGAUGAGUUGCCGAGUCAUUAGGCCUCUUGCUUGGUCUGCACUUUUGGCUUUGGUUCUCGAUUCGUCCUUCUGGAGGUGCUAUGAGAUUGGUUAAGGAUUGUAUAGUUGAAAGGAAAACUCAGGGCUGAGAAAAUCAGUCUCUGAAAAGUUUAUGGUGGAUUGCCACGUCAAUGUGAAAGAAUUGAAUUCAUUGUAUUCUUUUCCAAUUGUAGAGCUAUACUUUUAUACAGAGGAGAAUGAGCAUACUUCUGCCAAUGUAUACUUGAGGAAAUUCUUGUUUGUAAGACUUUUGGAUCAAUACUGCAGUGGGAAAGACUUCUACAUCCGGUGGGUUGGUUCAGCAGUUUGUUUGUUGCUUUGUUUAUCUACGUUUUCUAACUUCAUACCACUUUCUGAUUUCUAGAGUC